CUUGCAGACUAUUUUGUAAAAUCUGCUUUAUCUAAAUAUAGUACUUGUAUUUGAUAUUUAUACUAUUCCUAAACGCAACGCCAAUGGCACCAAUUAUUACUCAUGACUCUAUGUGUGAACUCCUUUAUGAAUUUUUGGUAAUAUCCCCCCUUGCCCUUUUACUAUCACUGCCGCCAACCUUAUAAAUUUCAGACUAGGCAGACAUUUUGUUGGCAAAGUGUCCCCAUCCCGAAAGUACCAUCUUUUGCGGCCAACUUGGCAUCUAGUUGCGGCUGUCAGUUUGACGUCAGUUUCUCGCCAAUAUGGCUGUCAGGGAAAAAUAUUUUUAUGAAAAAGAAAGUCGGUAAUGUUUAUUCUCACCAUUUCAGAAGUCAAGCAAAUUUAUACAUAAAAUUGUCUAUAGUUUGACGGUAAAAAAAUACUUAACAAUUUUUCAAGUCUAAUUAACAAUAAAUUGACACAAAAUUUGCCUGAAAAUUGACAACUUUUUUCUAGCCAACUCUUGAAGUGAAUUUGCAUUCUAAUUCAGGCAGUAAAUUUACGUUAAAUUCAAUAGCAAGUUUCCUACAAAUUGUCGUAAAAAAUGGAAAAGUCCGAAGUUGACAGAUAUUUGACGAAAAAUUCAAGGAAACUUUUUUAAAAAACUUUUGCUAAAUCAAACUGUAUUAUCAGGGUACUAAUUUCGAUCUAGGGACCCCACACUCAAUGUAGAGGACCGUGCCAAAUGCUGCCCCCCUUGGAAAAAAAAUAACAUCAUUGGUUAUUUGUGUUUUUUGAAUGUUGUGUUUAUUCUAACCUAAAAAAGUAAACGCAAAAGUUCGCGUUAAAGUCUAACGAAAAUAAAUAUAAUUUUUUGAACAUUAACACUAAAAUAAAAUUUUUAUAUUAGAUUUUAUAUAAACGAAUAACUUAUUCAUCUGAAAUAAUCUUCAUCGACAAAAUGAGUGAAUUUAAAUUACAUACGCUAAUAAGUGAUUUAAUUGUAGUAUUAGAAUCUUCACACAGUCCAGAAAAAUUUAUUGAAAAUAUUCAAAUAAAUGUUAUUACAUUAGAAAAUAUUCCAUCUAAAAAUUCAAUUUCUUAUUUAGAAAAAAAUUCAGUAACUAAUGAAUUGUUUUUGAAAAAAUAUAAUGAAUUGAAAGGAAAGAAAUUUGAUGGCUUAGGUUCAUUUAUCCAAGUAUUAUAUCACAUAUCAUUAGACAAGUCAUUAAAAAACUAUUUAGCAAAAUACAGAAUUAAAAAUAAUUCAAAGCUCCCAUUAUCAUUGGCAAUAACUAAUGAUGAUUUACCUACAAUACAUAAAAAUAUAUUAAAAGCAACGAAUGAACGUGAGAAACAAGCAACAAAAAAAAUUCAUGGGUUCAACAAACCAACUGAAACAACCUUCAUCAAAUACAACUGGUGUUAUGAACGCCCUAAAAUAACAUGGGAUUAUUAUUCAGAUAUAAAACUGACUCCAUAUAUAAAAGUAGUACCGGCUGUUUCUCAGGAAACUAUAUUAAUCUGGGAUUUGUUAAAUUGUUUAAAAGGAAUUGAUGGCAACUAUAUCGUAUCAGAAUCAUUAAGUGAUAUUAAUGAUAGACGUACAUUUACUAUUUCAACUGAUGUUAGUACACCGUACAAGCAGUUAGUACAACAAAUUUUACCCCUUGCUUCUUGUUACUCAACGACUAUCAGGUUUGUUGAAGAUAAAAUCCUACCCAACGAUGGUCAAGUAAACCAUGCGCUGCGAGGUGCGAUGAAUUAUAUGCUGAAGGAUUAUUUAUUGUUUAUUGUUCAGUUGGAAAUGGAACAUUUGCGGAAUAAAUUAAAUUUACAAAAUUUAUGGUUUUACAUUCAACCGAUAAUGAGUACAAUGUCGAUACUUGCCCAGAUAACAACAAUUCUUUUAAAGGCUCAAGCAAAAGGUGGCAAAGUAUUGAGUUUACUUUAUGAGCAUAUUAACAAUAUGAGUGGUGAAGCAAAGUGUAAAGAGCUUGGCUUAUUUUUAAUUGAAUCGGCAAGUUUGCCAUACAUGCAAAUAUUAGAAAAAUGGGUAUACAAAGGAGUCAUUUGUGAUCCAUACCAAGAGAAGAAAGUAAUAUCAAAAAGAGGAAAUAUUGGAAAGUUUUUCGUAGAGGACAAUGAAUUAAUUCAACGUGAAGAGUUACCAAUGGAUUACUCAGCUGAUUAUUGGGAAAAGCGUUAUACAAUGAAAUCAGAAAGAAUACCUAGUUUUCUUAAUCAACAUGCUCAUACGAUAUUGCGUACUGGAAAGUAUUUCAAUGUUAUUCGUCAAUGUGGAAAAAUGAUAAAAUGGAUAAAGCAAGAACCACUAAUUUAUCGUUAUAGAGAUCAGAAAUUGAUAUUUACUAUUGAUCAAGCCUAUAACGAAGCAGCCCGCACCUUAUUAGAAGUACUAAUUCAUGAAAAUGAUUUGAUGGGCCGUUUAAAAAGUGUUAAAAAUUAUUUUUUACUAUCACAAGGAGAUUUCGUAGUACAAUUUUUGAAUUUAUGUGAAAAUGAAUUGAGUAAAAAUAUGUAUGAUAUUGUCAUUCAUCGAUUAGCUUCGUUAUUAGAAGUUUCAUUGAGAACGUCAACGGCUGAUUUAGAUCCUUAUAAAGAUGAUCUUAAGCCUGAGCUUUUACCUUAUGAUUUGCAAUUUCAGAUGUUUCGUAUUUUGUCAAUUCAAACAAGUGAUGAAAAAGAAUUUGCAUUUCAAGCAGGAAAACGAUUGGAUGGUAUUGAAGCGUUUGCAUUUAAUUAUGAUGUCAAGUGGCCAGUGUCUUUAGUGAUAAAUAGAAAAGCAAUAGCAUGUUAUCAAAUGUUAUUCCGUCAUUUAUUUAGUUGCAAGCAUAUUGAGAGACUUUUAUGCAGAGUAUGGAUUAGUAAUAAAAUAGCUAAAACAUUUACCCACACUGCAGCAAUGGCUUAUCGGCAAGCAUUUUCGCUGCGACAUCGUAUGUUAGAUUGCAUUCAACAUUUAGAAUAUUAUAUGAUGGUUGAAGUUAUUGAACCGAACUGGCAAACAUUCAUUAGUAAAAUGAGCAAAGUAACUAAUGUUGAUGAUGUAUUGACUGUUCAUCAAGAUUUACAAGAUAGUUAUUUGAAAGAAUGUAUGUUAACCGAUCCUGAGUUAUUAUCCGCUAUCACUGGAAUAUGUAAUAUUUGCAGACAAUUCUGUAAUUUUAUUCAGGAAAAUAAAACCAAGUCAAUCGUCAGUGGAAGUUUUAAAGAAACAAUUGAAUUAUUAGAUGUUCAAUUUACUGAUGCCUUACAUCGUUUAUUAAAUCGUAUUAUUACAUUAGGAUGUAAUAAUGACUUUGAAAAAUUACUUAACGUUUUAUGCAGAUUGGACUUUAAUCUUUUUUAUACUGAUUCGAUGGCUGAUAAAAGUUCUGAGGUAACACAACAAUAUGAAAUAUCUGGCUGACAAAUUAGAAAAAAUUCUUUAAUUAUUAAAGAUAAACGAACGUAACAUAGCACUAAAAAUUGCCGAAGAUAAUUUAUUGUAUUAAUAUUUUUAUGGCAAAAUUAUUUUUUUAAAUUACGUUUUUUAUAAAGUAUUAAUAAUAGUUAUAUUAUACAUGCUUAAAUAUACUAUGCUGCAAUAAUAUAAAAAUAAAUCCUCUGUUUGAACAUCUAUACUGUAAUUUUAUAUUGAUUUGCUUACUAUUAUAUCUUAUAUCUUAUAUAUAUUAUAAAAGAAGAGGUGUUUGUGCCUAUGUCACGAUUUGCAGUCAAAACUACACAUCGCAAACGAAUAGUGUUUGUUUGUGUGAGUAGCUAUAAGUCUCCCGCUGUGCACUGGGAUAGUUGGGAGUUGAUGAGAGUGUAAAAGAUACGAGGGUUCAAA